AUGGAGGACCCGGCUCCGACGCACCCGGAGGAGUGUAGCGGUGGUGCCGUCUCCUCCGGUGCCGACUCCAGCCCUACUGGUGCCGCUUGUACAGCCGUCGGUGCCGCCUGCAACUUGGCCGAGAAUAGAACCAAGGCUUCGGAACUCCUGCACUGGGUCAACGCGUAUCUGGGAACGAGCCGUGAACCUGAGCAAGGUGAACCUGAGGGCCAAGCGAGGACGCGAGUCCAUCCAGAACUUGAGGCCCUGCGUGAGGCUUUCGAGCAAGUCGGUGUCGACCGAGAAUUGCGGGUGGAGCGACUCGCCGAAGGAAGUUACCGGGACAACUUGGAGUUGAUUCAGUGGUUCAAGGACCUUUUCGAGUCCCAGUUCCCGGGACCUGCCGCCAUGCCACCGGAGGUACGCUGGGUAUGCACGAGGGGCACGACCGUGAGUCCAGGAGGCGGCGCCGGUGCUGGAGACUUCACGGACACCGUCGAGGAGCUCGCUAAUCAGGUUGUCGAGCUGAAAGAGGCCUUGUACUGGCUGGAGCUGGAGCGAAACUUCUACUACAGCAAGCUGUGCGAGAUUGAGGUGCUGUGCUGGGAGCACGAGCGAGACCACGGCAAGGAAUGCGUGUCUGAGAAGAUCCUGGACCUGAUGCGAGGAAGCGACGACGAAGAUUGGUACGGCGCAGACGAAGACGCCGCUCAGAGCGGCGAGCACGUGGCCGAGGCAACGGAGCAGGAAUCACACUAA